GUCAAAUUUGUUUGGUAGUUGUUGCACUGGAUAGUGGAUACGAUUGGUACUAUAGAUUUAAAUCGAAGUACACACCCAUUUAUAUUUUUUUUGUUAUUUAUUGUUUUAUUGUGCUGAAAUAGUUUCAUGAGUUAACUUUAACAUCACCACUAUGGUAUCUAAGUCUAAAACUGGGUUGUUUGCUCUUAGUUUCUUUGGAUUAGCAUCUUUAUUGAUAACCAUAGCUUUUGUUAGUCCAUACUGGUUAGUUACUGAUGGGAAGUUGAAAAAUCCUAAAUUUAUUAAAAUAGGUUUGUGGGAAGUUUGCUUCAAUGGGUUUGAAGAAAUUCAUCAUUGGUAUGACACAGUUUUUAAAGGCUGUUGGUGGAUUUUUGAAGAAGAAUAUUACAUAAUCCAUGACAUACUACUACCAGGCUUUUUUAUUGCUACACAAUUCUUUUUCACAAUAUCUAUGUGUUGUGUUUUAAUAUCACUUUUCAUAUCAUAUUUGUAUAUGAAAAAAGAUGAAGAUGAUGAUAAUUAUGUUACUUUACUGGUAACUUUUGGCACAAUUCUUGUUAUUGGAGGCUUCUCGGGAAUCAUAUCAGUGGUCACAUUUGGAGCUAGAGGUGAUGGACGGGACUGGAUGCCUAAUUGGGAACACAAUGAUCUUGGCUGGUCAUUUGCCCUCGGAGUUGUUGGGGUCAUCUUUCUCUUUCCAGCUGGCAUAUUAUUUCUCAUUGAAGCCAGAGUACGAAAGUACAAGAGAUUGCAUGAGAUGCAAAGUAGAGAUCCAUCCUCUUACAGUAUGCGUGAGAGAAAAGUAGCCUACCCAGGCCACACUGAUAUUUAAAUAUCUUAAGUUGGUUUCUAUUUGAAGAAAAAAAUAAUUUUAGAUUUUAAUAACUGUUGUUGCAACUAUUAUAACAGAUUCCGUCCAAUCUAUGAAUCUCAUUUUAAGAAUUUGUUGUACAUUAAGUAUCUAAAGAAAUUUCCUUACUUAAAUAAAGUCCCUCCUUUAUUAAAGUUGUAUAAAAAAUAGUUUUUGCAAUAAUCACAGCAUUAUAAUUUAAUCAAAUUACAGACAAAUAGUACAUUUGUCAAUUUUGAAAAAUCAUCUUUUCUAUAUAUAUAUUUUAUAUCUUUAAUAUGUGACACUGAUAUUUCAUAAAUAUAAAAAUUGUUUGCUUAUUUAAACUUAUGAAAUAUCAGUCUAACUACCAGUUUAUUUAGUUAUCUGACAAAUACUGAAUACUCAUUGGUUACCUAUUACAGCAUAAACUGCUAUAGACCAAUAACCAUUCAGGUUUAAGUAAAAUUAGUUACUUUGACUUUGACAAGUAAUAUAAAAAAUGAAGUUUAUAAAAAUUAUAAUGCCUAACCAUGCAUUAAAAGUAACAUAUUUAUUUAAAAUCAUUGCAACAAUUUUUAGUUUAAAAAAAAAUAUUACAAUAUGUACCAUCCUAUAAUAUGCAUUUACUUUUACGCACAUUUUAUUAUCUUUGUGCUUUAAUAUACAACAAAUAAUAUUAAUAACAUUUAGCAUGCUUCAAAAUUGCAAUGUGUGCUUAAUACAAAAUACUUAAAAACCUAAUGCUCAGUUCUUUCUAUUUUUAAUAUUUUCUCAAAAUAUAGUAUUUUACAUUGUGUUACAGUAUUUUUGUACUUAUGUCCAUUUUACAUUUGUAUAAUUGUUUAUAUUACAAGGUUAUGUGUAAGUAAAUAUAGUUUGACAGUUAAAUACAGUUUAAUAAUAACAAUAAGAUAUAUGUUUACAGUGUGUAAGUUCAAAUACAAUUUAUUCUUUAUUGUGUAAUACUGUUGUUGUUUUACCUUUACUGCUUGUGAUUAUUAUUAGCCCCUAAUAUAUAUACAUAAAAUAUAUUGAUUAUUUAUAUGAACACCAAAAUAUGCAGUCAUCUUUUCAGUGGAACAAAAUAAACAAAACAAUGUAGGUAUUCAGCACUGAAUACACUAGUGAGUGAAUAAGUAUAACAAUUACCUCUGAACGAAGAAAUAGGUAAAAAGCAAUGUGUGUAAUAUAAUAUCUGAAAUUAAAUCUGUUUG